GUGGUCGCCGCUCCGGCCGCGCGGGGGGACGACGAUUUCUCCUGCUGACUCAGGCAUCCCGGCUCGCGGCUCGCGGCUCCCGGCUCCCACCCGGACUCACUCUGCCGGGGAACGAGUCGCAGGAGCGGUGGGCCAAAGGGUUGGGCUUGGGGUGCCGGGAGGGCUUCGGGUCUUGGGCCGGGGGUGCAGGCCUGGGAGGAGGGCGGGGAGCCCAGGGACAUGGUGCGGCCGGACGAGGAGGAGGGGGCAGCGGUGGUACCCGGGCACCCGCCCGCAAUAGGAUACCUCCCGGUCCCCGGGGAAGCGCCCGCCGGGAAGGUGAGCGCGGAGACGCAGAACGGGCCCAAAGCAGGCUCCCUGGCCCUGAAUGCGGUCUCUCGGGAUAGCCCCAAGGAGACCUCCGGAGCCCUGGACAGGCCGAAGACUCCGCCGGCCCCGGAGGAGGAGACCCAGGCCUGGCUGCUGCCCAGGGGCCCCGGCGAGGAGACCCCGGGGGCCGAGGACACCCUGGUGCCGCGGACGGCGCUCUCCCCGAGGCGCUUUGUGGUGCUGCUGAUCUUCAGCCUGUACUCGCUAGUGAACGCCUUUCAGUGGAUCCAGUACAGCAUCAUCAGCAACGUCUUCGAGAACUUCUACAACGUAUCCUCGCUGCACAUCGACUGGCUGUCCAUGGUGUACAUGCUGGCCUACGUGCCCCUCAUCUUCCCGGCCACCUGGCUGCUGGACACCAGAGGCCUGCGGCUCACCGCCCUGCUGGGCUCCGGCCUCAACUGCCUGGGCGCCUGGAUCAAGUGCGGCAGCGUGCAGCAGCAUCUCUUCUGGGUCACCAUGAUGGGCCAGUGCCUGUGCUCCGUGGCCCAGGUAUUCAUCCUCGGCUUGCCUUCCCACAUCGCCUCAGUGUGGUUUGGGCCCAAGGAGGUGUCCACAGCUUGUGCCACCGCUGUGCUAGGUAAUCAGCUUGGAACUGCAGUUGGCUUUUUGCUACCACCAGUUUUGGUGCCCAACACACAGAAUAACACAGAACUUCUGGCUUGUAAUAUCAGUAUCAUGUUUUAUGGAACGUCAGCCGUCGCCACGCUUUUAUUUAUUUUAACAGUAAUUGCAUUCAAAGAAAAACCUCAGUAUCCACCAAGUCAGGCUCAAGCAGUUCUCCAGGACAGUCCCCCUGAAAAGUACUCCUAUGUGAAAUCAAUAAGGAAUCUAUUCAAAAACACUCCUUUUGUGCUUCUCCUGGUCACUUACGGUAUCAUGACUGGAGCAUUUUAUUCAGUCUCAACAUUAUUAAAUCAAAUGAUACUGACAUAUUAUGAGGGAGAAGAAGUGAAUGCUGGAAGGAUCGGGCUAACACUCGUAUUGGCUGGAAUGGUGGGCUCUAUCCUUUGUGGCUUAUGGCUGGAUUAUACCAAAACAUACAAACACACUACUCUGACAGUUUACAUUUCGUCUUUUGUUGGAAUGGUUAUAUUUACUUUCACCCUAGACCUUGGACACAUUAUCAUCGUGUUUGUUACUGGAGGGUUGCUCGGUUUCUUCAUGACUGGUUACCUCCCCUUGGGUUUUGAAUUUGCUGUUGAAAUUACUUACCCAGAAUCUGAAGGUACUUCCUCUGGUCUUCUUAAUGCUGCUGCACAGAUAUUUGGAAUUUUUUUCACAUUGGCACAAGGAAGGCUCACAUCAGCCUAUGGUCCUCAGGCAGGAAACAUUUUUCUCUGUAUUUGGAUGUUUGUAGGCAUCAUUUUAACAGCAUUGAUCAAGUCAGAUCUGAAAAGACACAACAUCAACAAAGGAAUUACAAAUGGUGAUAUUAAAGCUGUACCAGUUGAUAGUCCCACAGACCAGGAAUCAAAAACUAUUCUCAUGUCCAAGCAGUCGGAAUUAGCAAUUUGAGGUAAAGGGAAAAGUUAAUAUCACGUGAUAACUGUGUAGUAAAGAUUAGUUUAUGGGUUAUGGGGGAUGGACACUUACUUGAAAAUUAUUAUGUGACUUGUAACUGCAGUUACUGUUUUUACUUGAUUGUUAUUAAGCAACAUUUUGCUUAAAAUACUUUUGCUCACAUCAUUUUAACACUACACAUUUAUCCAAGUGUCCCAUCUUAUAUUGUUGAUCUAAAAGUAAGCUUCUUGACAUUUGUUUUUCAAAAGUAAAUGUUUUUCUUUCCAUAGACAAUGGAAGCUUAGAAGGCUUUCUAAAAUAAUAAUAUGGCGGUCCCGAUCCCUUCAAGUCCCAUAGCAGUACACGCAGUUUAUUUAUAUAAAACUAUCCAGUGGAACCAAGUGUACAAUAUAUUCCUAGUUGUCUCUCUUUCCAUCGUUCAGACCAGCUGUCCAAGCCCCCUCCGUGUGAAUAUAGUAAAACAAUAUGACAUUUCUAACCCACCAAGUGACACUUCCAGAUGACCUCUACGGUUUUCCCAUUUCAUACCUUCUUGUUAGAAAAUGCUUUGUAACAGGUACUGUCAAUGGCCAUAAAUGUGCGCAGACUGAACCCAUAACUUUGGUCUUAGGCUAUGUUCCAAUUAAGUGAAGGAGCCCAGACACAGACUCAUUCCCUCGAGUUCUUCUCUGUGCUGCCUUCCCAUCACGGUGUGAAUACGAGCACUAUAUUUUUUCACUCCAACUUGAAAUAGAAUAGUUUUGUAUCCAUUGCUUUUUUUACUCUUUCAAUAUACAACUUUAUAGUAGGAAAAUUUCAUCCUAUGUGUUACUGGCUUUUUCAUGAUUUCUUAUAUCACACCUUAUAUAUACUUUUAUCUUGAAGAUUCCUAGAGGUACAGACUCUAUAAGAACUUCAGAUAUCCUAGGGGUUCCCACUGAGUAGAGACCUCUUGAAAUGCUGUCUGUUCUAAUUCCGCAGCAUCGUUUUUUAUGACCAUUGUCCUCUGAGGAACACUGUGCCCAGGUCUGCAUGCCGCAGUGUAUCGUGAGAGUAGGUUCUUUUCUUCACCAAGAAUGCGCAUAGGCUCCGUGCUGUUGGGACAGCCUGCUCUUUUACAUGCUCAGGGUACGGAGAACAGGACCAAAUGUGUUUCCACAGUGCCUACCACUGCAUUUUGUUUACAGUGAGAAUCUAAAUGUUGUUCGUGUCGUGAGUCUCUAAGCUGAGAGGGAAUAUCUUCACAGUAAUGGCAUUUAAAGAGUCGUAAUAUUUAUUUUAUGUUCACAUUAAACCCAAAAAGCGAAUCAGGUAUACCCUUGAAUACCCUUGAAGUGAAUUAGUAAUUCUGAUUUGGUUGUAGUAUAUGCUUUGCUUUAUAUUGAAAUUACAACAUUCUCUGAAACCAAGCGGCACUAAAUUACGUGGACUCUUACCCUGGGGAACAUGUUCCCGGAAGAGCUUAGCUGGGAAUCCGGAACUGCGAUCCAUGUCCUGGAUCUGUUUCUAGCUUCCCUGUAAAUCUCCAGGCAGCAUUUUCCUCAUCUGUGUAAUGAACAUCUUAAAUUUGAUCUCAAAGAUAUUUUUUGAGUCUUAAAUGCGCUCAUCAGGGGGUAGACUGAAUCACUGUACCACAGGAACUUAAAUCUAGCUGGAGACAAUUGAAUAAACUACUGUGGCUCUUACUUUGUAGACACCGGGAAUUUAAAAUCUGUUUUUUGCCUUUUUAUUCAUUUGGUGAUAGCUCAGGCAGAAUAUGCUGAAUCAUUAACCUCCUUAGAUAUUUACAUUGCAGGUUUUAUGGCCAAAAAUAUAUCUUACGGUCCCUCCUCUAAGUUAUUGUUUGUAUUUUUAAACUGACAGUGUUGUUUAAAGGAAUAAUGUACCUAUUGAAUUCCUGAGGUUUUGAACAAAUUAUAGAUAAAAGUUGGAAUAUCUUAUUUCUGAAAAGCAUAUAUACAUAUAUCAUGUGUAUUUUUCCUUGUUGAUUAGAAAAAGAAUGAAAUACGUGACAAAACACAAAAUGAAUUGAUAAUUUUUCUGUGUUUUUGAGUUACGUUUGUCUAUAAUAUGUCAAAGAAGAAUGUCAUAUAAUUAUAUGUCAUAUCUUUGGGAAAUGGAGUUGGAUAACCAUGACUUGUGCAAAUUUUAAUCAAGUAAUUUUAGGAAGAAACUGGAUGCUUUCUAAAGCUCUUGUAUGUAUUUAUAAGUGUUGCAAAUAUAGCUUUUGCAUUUUGUGAAUGUGGGAGAAAUGUCUUUAAAAAUGUGUUUUAAAAAUAUCUGUAAACUUAAGAGUAUUGCCAGAAGAAUGCCUGUCUGUCUUAAGUCAUUUUUCAAGUUCAAAUUAGCUCUUUGUGCUGUUUAUCUGUAUGCUUAUUCUUCAGUAUUUGAGAUUUGAGAUAAAUUUAUUUUUUUAAUGUUAA